ACGGGUUUUGGUGCGUUUACUGACAUCUGUAAACUUUACAAUCAUGGUAUGUAAAAGCUAAUGUGGUAGGCUAACUAGUAUUCAAGCCACUCAUUAAGAAAAUAUUACAACUGCAAAAAGUAAUAAAUAUGAAUCCUGAAACAUGUUUUUCCCGUUGUUAACGUGAAUGAGAAACGUAAAAAACUAAAAGUCUAAAAAAGCUAAAAGUUUGGACAACUGUAGUUAACGAGCUUACCCUGAAUGCACCACCAAGACGAUAGAAGCAUACAAAACAAGCGAUUCGACAUGGGGUUAAUAAGUGACUUUUAAAGACGAGGGGGGGGGAGAGGUUUGAGUUAAACAUGUGUGUCAUCACAGUGUUUGUCCUGUUGGCGACAGGACUGAAGGUAACCGCCGAGACGCAUUCCCUCAUGUACACCUACACGGCCUUCUCCAAACCUGUCGGGCUCCCGGGCGUUCACACCUUCACGGCCAUGGGUCUGCUCGACGACAUUAUCAUAGACUACUACGACAGUGAGAGUCAGAAGAAGGUUCCCAAACAAGACUGCAUGAACAAGUCACUGCUUCAACCUUACUGGGUCGAGGGCACAGAGGCCCGCCAGGCCAAGCAGAAGUGGUUCAAAGAAAACAUCGAGAUUCUGAUGGAUCGAAUGAAGCAGAACAGCUCAGACAUCCAUGUGCUGCAGUGGAGGCACGGCUGUGAGGCUGAAAAGCAGACGGCAAACGGCAGCCUGAAGUUCACACGUGGCAUUGACAUGUACAGCUACGAUGGAAAGGACUUCAUUUCCUUCGACGCCACCAACAAAGUCUGGGUCGCAGUAAGUCUGGCAGCAGAACAGACCAAGAGGAAGUGGGAUAACGAGGAGCUGAUACAAUACACCAUCGGCUACCUGCAGAAUAAUUGCAUCGGAUGGCUCCGUGCGUUCAUGAAAUGCAGGGAAGAGCAGCUCGUUCAAGCCGCGCCGCCAAAAGUUCUCAUGUUUGCAAAGAACUCCAAAUUCAAGAAGAACGUCGUUUUGACCUGCCUGGCGACAGGUUUCUUACCCAAAUACAUCGAGCUGAAUAUCAAGAGGGAGGGUCGCGUUCUAAUCGGAGACGAUGGAGUGUAUUCUACAGGCCCCCUUCCCAACGGCGAUGACACCUUCCAGAGGAGAGACAACAUCGAGAUCUUCAGGGAUGACUUAGCGACGUUCACCUGUGAGGUGUCUCACUCAGAAUCAAACUUACAUAUUAAUAUCACCUGGGAUAAAACUGAAGAGUCUGGAAAUCUACAAGCGAUUGGCUGGGUAUCCGGGGGUCUGUUCAUGUUGCCCGUGGCAGCCGUGGUGCUGCUCAUCUUGUAUCAAAGAAACAUUGGCUUCUCUAGAAAAUAAGAUGUUUUGUUAUAUAAACAGAACAUUUAAAUCUAUUUUUGGACACAGCUUUUCUAGAAGUACAGCGUGCUCUGCCGUGUGUUUGUACGAGCUGUAACGUUAUGACUCAGUCCUCUCAGCUGUAAGCCAGAAGGACGUCUGUAUGAAAUCACUCCCAUCAACCCCCCUGUCCUCCCCAGAGGUGCUGCUUGUAAAACAGGCACCUGCUUGGGGGGCCCCAGGCCAAACUUUAAACCACAACAGUGGCUCAAAAUAUGCAGUUUGCAAUGACAGUAGGAAACCUCCCUGUUGGAGCCAUGGAUGGAUAUAAUUGUCUUUAUGGUAUUUAUUGAAGGUUAAGGUAGUCUGUUAUAUAUUGGUGUUUUGGGUUAUUGAUUAUUAUAUCAUUCAUUAGGAUUAUAUUGAGUAGGGGGAUGUCGGGUCACAUGGGUAUGAGCGGAGAUGUGUUGAUUUUUUGUUCUCAGUGGAGGAGAGGGGGUGAGCUGGGUUGCCGUAUUUUUUGUUGACCGCUGUUGUUUCUGGUUCACUGUGAUUAUGAGUUAAUGCACGUUAUCAUAAGUUAAGUUGAUUAUCUUUUUUACGUUAAUAAAAAAAGUCAAACA